CCGCCGCCGCCGCUUGCGAGGGAAACCGGAGAACUGUCAUGGCGAGUCCCGCCGCGUCGUCAGUGCGACCGCCGAGGCCCAAGAAAGAGCCGCAAGCGCUCGUCAUCCCCAAGAAUGCGGCGGAAGAGCAGAAGCUCAAGCUGGAGCGGCUCAUGAAGAACCCGGACAAAGCAGUUCCAAUUCCAGAAAAAAUGAGUGAAUGGGCACCUCGACCUCCCCCAGAAUUUGUCCGAGAUGUAAUGGGUUCAAGCGCUGGCGCAGGCAGCGGAGAGUUCCAUGUGUAUAGGCAUCUGCGCCGGAGAGAAUAUCAGCGACAGGACUACAUGGAUGCCAUGGCUGAGAAGCAAAAAUUGGAUGUAGAGUUUCAGAAGAGACUGGAAAGGAAUAAAAUUGCUGCAGAGGAGCAGACUGCAAAGCGUCGAAAAAAGCGCCAAAAGUUAAAAGAGAAGAAAUUAUUGGCAAAGAAGAUGAAACUUGAACAGAAGAAACAAAAAGAAGGAUCCGGUCAGAACCAAGAGCAGCCAUCCAGUAGUUCUGAGGAGACAUCUGGGACAGAGGAGGAGAAAGAGGAAGAGCCCAGCUUCAUCAUGGGGCGAUGACAGUGUGGCCACAGUGGCUUUCUGGAGCCCAGGGCCUCAGAAAAUCCUCCACAUGACCCAAGGAGAAAGGCGACUGUUUGAACUGUCUCUCUCCCAAGGCCUCGCUGGAUAGAAGCAAAUAGAAGCCAUCCUGACUGCUUGUGGCCCUGCCAAUAGGGACAGAGAGGACUGUCUCCUGGACACUCAAGGGCAUUGCCAAGCGGAGUUCAUUCAUGUUCCCGCUGAAGGGGGGAAACGUUUAACUUGCCCCUGCUGUCUGUUCUCUCAUAUAUCGAUGAGUUUUGGGCUGGUAUCUGUGAAAGGAAUGUUUAUUUAUUAAAGAACAGAAAAACUUGAGGUUUUGAUUGGACCUGUGAAGUGCAGAAGUGUAGGGAAGGCUGUGAAAAUUAGGUGAUGGGGAUGAGGCCUGUUACACGGGCCUGUUCCCAGACUCAUUGAGUGAAAUGGCCUUGGUUCUGGAGCUGACUUGCACUGCAGGGCACCUGACCUCCAUUUCCUUCAGCUGAGGGUGCAGACUGCACCUCAGAACAUGUGCCCCUGCCCAGCUGCUCCCAGUACACAGGUGUGUUUUGGGAAGCCUUGGGCAUAUGCAAAGGGAGAUGUGGUGUGCAACCAGGGAAAAUGAUGGGAGACUAAUAAAGAAGCAGGUGGAGAAUCCAGGCUGGGCUGAAUCAGAGUGGAGGACAUGGGGAAUCCUAGCCAGACUAGAAGGGGGAGGAGGUGGGAAUCCAUGGGCCAAAGCUGUGUUUUCAUCCUGAGGUCAAGGGGGUUCUAAUCAGAAAUUUGAGGUUGCCUUUCAGGCAACAGGAAGGACAGAGAUGGUUUCUAAUUAGAGCCUUUGCUCACUUUUUGGAUUAUCUCCAUCUCUAGAUUUCUAAGAAUAUCUCACUGCUUUUAUGGAAUUUGAUAGAAUUAAGGAUCAUGGUUUUGAGUGAAUGUUUUCUUUCACUUUUAUAGUAUUGAUUUCCCUGGCCCUGCCCUGGGCCAGGUGACAUUUGUGAUCAUUUCUGCCCUUUCAGCAGUUCAAAUCACAGGAAUUUUUUUGUAAACUUCCCUAUUUUAUUGUAAUACAUCAAAGUCUGGUUAAUAUUAAGUGAUUCACAGGAAUAUUUCUUUUCCUGGAAGCUGAAAUGGAAAGUCAACCCUAAUAAAUUCACACACACACUCUGGCCUUA